ACCCAUGCACGUCAAUGCCGCCGCAGCCGCUCUCAGCCUCAUUCGACUCCCCAUAUGGGGCCCCAUGCACCCCACGCAGUCUACGUCAAGCCCCCAUAUAUAAUGAAAGAAUGCGUGAAUGCUCAAGCCUCCUCUCCGCUGCAGCCUCCUGUCCGUGCUCCGCUGCGGCGGCCGCUUUGCUCACUCCACGAGCGGCUCCGUCUCCGUAAUGUACGGCAUGCCCUCCGCCGUCAGCUGCAGGAUCAGCUCCUCGUCGCUGGCUUCAAGGCCCGCGGCGAGGAUCUUGCUGGGGCCUGGCACGUGGGCGGCGUACCGCAUGGCCCCAGUCUAAACCUUAGAUAAGAUUAGAUAAGCUUAUAUAAUGCUAUUUGCUGUUUGACCGUGCGUUGACUAUGGUCGUCGGGGGGCCUCUGUCUAAUGUCUAAGUUAUAUAUAAGCUUACAUAAGCAUAUCCUUAGUUAUCUAAAUCUAAGGCCCUGCCAACCCUGGUGGGGCGUCAACAGGCGGGCGGGCAGGCAGUCAGGCAGUCAGGCAGGCAGGCAGGCAGGCAAGCAAUGGAGGUGCGGACCGGCGGGCAGUUUGGAGGGAGGUAUCGGGCGCAGGCAAGGCAGUGGUUCGUUUGCGUCUGGGGGUUACGUUGACGUGGGUGUCCUUCAGGCGGGCCCAUACAGUACGGAAUGCGCUGGGGCGGGUCUGAGCGAGUGGGUUGCAGGUGGUCCUCGCCCCAAUUCGCGGGCCAAUUCCCUCGCCAUCACAGGCGAGGUUGAGGGAGGGGGGAUGGCGCAGUCAGGACUCAUGGUACGGCCCCCGAGGGUUGCAAGCGGCAUCAUGGCGGAGAGGGUGGAGAGAGAGCACUGAGGAAUGGGCGAAGCUUAUGGAGGUUGGUAGCACUGUGACUUGAUGAGUCAUCCAGAUGCAACACCCCCGCAUGAGGGAUCCAGAUGCAACACGGGAAGAAUACCGAGCCAUCCUCGUGGCUGCCAGGUUGCUGGUGCUUACAGUAGAAAUGCGCGGCCGUUUUUCUGGGAGCCGAGGGGCCAGAGCACGACCCGCACGCUAGCUUUUGCGGUGAAGUGGCGGCGACACUGCAACUUGAGGCUCCUAGACAGGCCCGUCAUGUCUUGAGCUUGCGGUCAUCAGAGGGGUGGUAUGGGGUAUAGGAUUGGUCCCGCCGCCGGCACCAGAGUUGUGCAUAGACCUAGGAGGCCCCGAGGGAAGUGGUCACAGCUGUCGCAGGCACUGAUGUGCGUAGUGCGGUACUACGAGCAGAGAGCCUGGGCCAGGCCUUGGCGGAUGCCGCGGGGGGCAGCUGGCAGGCGAAGGCAACGAAGGAGUGAAGCCUGUUGAGGUUAUUGAUCUCGAGUACGAUGAUCGGCGGCGUAUGCAGCUCGCUUGGUCUUGUAACGGUUGUGGAGCGGUAAGGGAUGGGCGGACUUGGCGGUUAGUCUUGUAACGGUGGUGGAAACAGGAAAGGGACGCAGCGCCGUAAUAACAACACCCGACUGACUGCCCAAUCAUGGUCCA